AUGAAGACCCGGAAGCUGUGCAUAAACGAGUGCAUCCCCUACGUGCAGAAGUACGAGUGGGGCAAGGGGAAGGACGGGAUGGUCUACGACGUGAUGAAGAAUAUCGUGAAGGAGAACUUCGAGUUGGUGAAAAAGGAGAUCGACAAGGCGGAGCACAUAAAGGAGUACGCGCCGAAUGGCGAGGGGGAGAAGCGAAAGAAGGAGGGGGCGGCGUCAGCUUCCGCAGCGUCAGCUUCCGCUGCGUCAGCGGCGGGGGAAGUGGCCAAGGGGGUGGAAACUGCCCCUGCAGCGGAGAAGAGCAAGCAGAGCGAGCCAAACAGUGGCAGUGGCGAGCAACCCAGUGGCAGUGGCGAUCAACCCAGUGGCAGCGGGGAGGAAGCCAACGCGAAUGACGCGCCCGAGCCAAAGUACGCGGAGCUGUGGAUCGGGAACCACGAAAAGGGACCCAACUUGGUACUCUACAAAAAUAGUUUUAUAAAAAUUGAAGAUUUUCUCCAAAUAUACGAAACGAAGAAAAAAAAAAAAGGAAAAAUUGCAAAAUAUUUUUACAAGAAAAUUGAAGACACAAAAAAUAAAUAUAACAAUAAAAAGAACUCAACGAAAUCGGAAGAUGUCAACAGCGUUGUUCGGAACAAAGAAACGGAUGUGAAGAGGUACUCGGAUGUUGAGUUUUCCUCUUUGAAGAAUUAUUCCCUCUAUGAAAAUUACGACUUAGUGAAGGAGGACGUAGAUAAGAACACGCUCUUCCCCUAUCUGUUUAAGUUGCUCUCCAUUGCGAAGCCUCUUAGCAUACAGAUCCACCCGAACGAAGUGCAGACGCUGUACUUGAAUACGCUAAACCCGGUGCUUUACAAGGAUAAAGUCUUCAAAACGGAGAUGUGCGUUUGUAUUAAGGACAUGAGUUUGCUGUGCGGAUUUAUGAACAUCUUCAAAAUUGCCUUUUUGGUCACCAGCGUGGGGGAGCUCCACGAUUUUUUCCUCAAGAGGGAGAAGCCCGCUGGGGGGGGCAGCGCCGAUUCCGGCAGUGUUAACUGCAUGGGGGAAGCCGUGCAGGGAGUAGCCCCCACAGGAGAACAACCAAAAGACAUCUUUCACCUGUUUGACCUGUUCCACACGCAGAAGGACGAGCACGUGGAGGAGCUCAUGAAGAUGCUGGCGCGUAUUUACAUCUACAUAAUUAGCUACUCCCUGAAGAGGGGCAGCAGGCAGACCUACGACGUCCUUUCGGUGAUUGACAAUUACGCGGAGUGCAUCCAAAAGUACGUUUUUGAUGAGGGGUUCUUUUUGGGCUUCUAUAAAAAUGAAAAAUUUUUGGAGCAGAAUCUGAAUUUGGGGAAUUUGAUUAAGCUGGAGAAGGAGAAGCUGCAAAAUAGCGGCGGCGGUCGGAGGGGCGCCGCGGGGCUGAGUGGGUCCGAUGAUGAGGAGGAGGAGGAGCUGGAGGUGGACGUCAAGGGGGGGGCGGACGCGGGCAGCAAGGUGGAGAUAGAGGUGGGCAGCAAGGCGGAGCUAGCGGGAGAGGACACGGCUUUAGAUGCAGUUUCUGCUUCCGCUGCAGCUGCGGGAGGGGACCCCGAGGAGACGCGCGGCGUGGAGAGCGCGCCCCGGCAGGUGAAGAAGCAAAACAGGGGAGUGGAAGAAGAAGAAGUGGGAGUGAAAGAGGAGGGCGCUUCCCCCGGCGCUCCCCACGCUGCUCCCCCCGAUGCUGCACCCCACCCGGAGAAGAAGCAGGACCUGCAGUGCGCAGCCCAGCUGGUGAGCAGAAAGAAAAUCAAAUCGUUUUACGAGCACAUGUUUAAGUACCUCGUCUACCGAACGAUGCUGGUCGAAGGUGAGGUGCUAAGCAAAUGCGUUAAUGACAUCGCAACGAAGAAUGAAAAGUAUAAGUCCUUUUUGAAGGAAAAGGAGUUGACAAAUAAAAGCCCAGAGGAGAUUUACUCUGACGUUUGCAAGAAAAAAAACUACCAAGAUGUCCAGUCCGAUACGGAGAGUUUUAUUAUUGGCAAUAUUUUUGAAAUUCUUCACAACGUUUCUAAAUUUUACCCUAACGAUGGAGGGAGAAUCUUCGUUUUCAUUCUGCAGCAGCUAAAUUUGAAGGAUGGAGAUGUGGUGUAUAUCAAGCCAGGGGUUAUCCACUCAUACAUUUCGGGGCACUGCCUGGAGUGCAUGACCAAUUCUGAUUUAGUCAUCCGAGGAGGACUCACCAACAAAGAAAUGGAUAAAUUAAAUUUUAUAAAAUAUGUAAAUUAUAAGAGUAACUUCCCCAUCAUUCUGGAAAAGGAAUUUAUAAACUACAACAUCAUUUCGUAUAGUUAUUACAAAAUGAAAUAUUUUAAAAUUUUAUUUUUGACUGUUCGACCAGGGGAGAGUGUUACUUUUUUAUUUUCUGACGUCAGUUUUACGUCGUGUAUCGUUUUGUCUAGCAAUCGGACCGUUAAGAUUAAGGGGAGGAAGAAUGAUAAGAAGAAGGCCAGCAUUAAGGGCGUGAAGAAGGGCACCGUGUUUUUCAUCGCGCCGGGCAUCCUCGUCACUUUGGCCAACUUUUACGCGUCGGAGGCGGACGGCGACAAGGAGCUCGUGCUCUACUGCGCCACGGCUUGA